CGUUUAAAUAAAUGCCAUGGUUAUUAACGUACUAUAUCAUAUUAAUUAAUUGUCUAGCCUUAUAAACCUUCCUCAUAAGUUUAGUAUAAGAUCUCUCUCUUAAUUUUAAUACUGCGUGGUUCAGAACGGGGUUACUUUCGUCCUGAGAUUCACUGAACAUAGCUGGACAGAUUAAAACAACAAAAAAUGAUCAGACAAGAACAUAUAGUAUGUGGACCACCAAGGUUUGAUAUACCAAACAUAUCAUAUGGACAAUAUAUACUAAACCAAUUACGUCAAGCCCCACUCCGUGUUGUUCAGGUUGACGCAAAAACAGGGCAAGUAUUGACAAAUUAUGAAUUACUUGAAAAAAGUAUUUUACUAUCAAAAUACUUAGAAGAAAAAGGCGUCAAAGUUUGUGAUACGAUUGCAAUAUCAAGUGAAAAUAUUCUGAAUUAUUUUAUAGCAGUAUGUGCAACUAUUUAUCGAGGUGCCACUGUCACACUAGUGAAUCCUGAUUAUGUUGAAGAUGAAAUAAAACGCUGUUGUAAUAUAUCACAUCCACGCAUUAUUUUUGUAUCACAAAAAACUCAGGAUAGAGUUUCACAAGUUAUAAAAUUAUUACCAUGGAAUAUUAAAUUAAUUCAAUUAGAAAAUAUUAUUAUAAAGAAUAAUAACAAUAUCGAAACAGUCGAUAAUAUAAUAUCAAAUAUAAAUCCAGAUAAUAAUUGUGAUUUUUACCAUUAUUAUGAACCAGAAAAAAUAUCAGCGCCGAAAGAACAGGAAAUCGUUAUUCUUUAUUCAAGUGGAACUACUGGAUUGCCAAAAGGUGUUAUGCUAUCUCAUUACAAUGCCCUGACAAUUUCAUAUACUUUUAGGUCCCGACAAUUCCGUGAGCUUCAUGAUAAAUCAAUAGAUUUGGUAUUUUUACCGUUUUACCAUGGCUAUGGAUUCGCAAUAAUGAUGUCAAUUUUAACAAUGGGUACUACCGCAGUCGUAAUGAAAUCAUUUAGUCCAGAAUUAUUUUGCGAAGCUAUUGACAAAUAUAAAGUAAAUACUUUGCCAUUGGUUCCACCAAUAAUGAUAUUUUUAGCAAAAAGUCUGAUUGUAAGUAAAUAUAACUUCAGUUCAUUAAGAGAAAUUAUAUGUGGCGCUGCUCCAUUAUCACAGGAAGUACGUGAAGCAGUAAGAAACCGAUUUCCAUCAGCAAAAAUACGGACAGGAUACGGGAUGACUGAGUUAUCAGUAGCAAUAUGUCUUAGUGAUCGUGACAGUACGAAAUCCGAGACAAUUGGUAAUCUAACUUCUGGUAUAUGUUGCAAAGUUAUUGAUCCAGAGACAUCAAAGUCUUUGAUGGCGUAUGAAACGGGUGAGUUGUGUUUCAAGGGUGAUCAUGUCAUGUUAGGAUAUAGAGAUGAUCCUGAGGCAACUAGUCAAACGAUUGACCAUCAUGGCUGGCUACACACUGGUGAUUUGGGUUAUUUCGACCACGAUGGUGAUUUAUUUAUUGUCGGUAGAUUGAAAGAAUUGAUUAAAUAUAAAGGUUAUCAAAUAGCUCCAGCUGAAAUUGAAAAUAUACUACUGUCACAUCCAGAUGUUAAUGAUGCAGCCGUAAUUGGUAGAUAUGAUGGUACCGGUAAUCAGAUUCCUGUUGCUUACGUUGUUAAAAAAUCACACUCUAAUAUCACAUCACAGCAAUUACGUCAAUUUGUUCAUGAUAAAGUCUCGAUUCAAAAACAUUUACGUGGUGGUGUUAAAUUUAUUGAUGUGAUUCCAAAGAGUUCAGCUGGAAAAAUACUUCGUCAUCAACUCGAAUUGAUUUCAAAACUUUAAUUACGAAACUGAUGUUUUUUUUCAGUUAAAGAAAAAAAAAUACAGUAAGUUUUUGAUCGUUUGUAUCAAUAAAAGUACUUUCGAUGAUUUUACAAAGAAUAUCGCAUUGUUUUAACUUUCCUUUUAACUAUUUUCUUGUAAAACAUAACUUAAAAAAAAAUGUGUUAAUCGAUAGUGUGAGUUGAUUAGUGGAUUGUUUAGACGUUCGAAAAUAACAUGUUUUUAAAUAUUAAAUACAUUAGUAAUAAUUGGGAAUAGAAAUGGACCUUAUGUAAAAUACACUAAUGAAAAAAAUGAAAGGAAAAGAAAAGUUUUAGAAAUUUAUUAGUGAUUUUUUAAAAGCUGUAACUUCGUGA